CAAAUGAGCAAAGAGUAUUGUCGUAAAAUGGGCAAAUAAGUUUUUAAAGGAAAGUCGGUGGAAAAUACGUGAACAGUUCCUUUAAAUAAACAAAUAACAGCCAAACAGACCAAUUUUAACUAAAUAUUAAACAAACAUUCAGUUUAUUGAAAAACCUUGUAACAAUACUUAACUUAGUAGAUUGCAGAGGAUAAACCAGGAGGAACUGGAUGAAAUAAAGGAUUUUCGGAGAAGAACGGAUGGAAUAAAUGGGAUGGAUAGAGCGGAUACCAUGGAUAGGAUGGAUUCUAGGAAUAGGAUGGAUACCAUGGAUAGGAUGGAUACUAGGGAUAGGAUGAAUGACACGUAUGGUAAGGAUGGUAUGUUUGGGAUGAGAACCACAGAUGGAAUCAGGAUGGAUGAUAAGAAUGAGAUAAGAACCACAGAUGGUAUCAGGAUGGUUGACAAUUAUGAUAUGAGAGGGAUGAAGGAUGAUGAUAUUGUUCUAGAGUACGACCUGGAUGAUCUAGAUGAACCAACCCUAGAGCAGGUUCGAGAGAACAGGGAGAACCUUCGUAAAUUUCUGGCGAAUCCUGAAGUUGAUUCGACUAAAUCCAAACUCGGACAAGAAUUGAAGAUAAUUUUGGAAGAAACAAAUCGAAGAAUUGAAGCUGAUCUAGCUUUAAACCCCGGUCAAUCUAUUUUUGGCAGGGAGGCAAAAAUCAGGAAAACAAAAAUGUCAAAAAGUAUGUCGCCAGAAUGUACUCAAGAACUGAUAGCAGACGUGUCAAAGAGUAUGUCGCCUGAAUGUACUCAAGAACUGAUAGCAGACGUGUCAAAGAGUAUGUCGCCAGAAUGCACUCAAGAACUGAUCGCAGACGUGUCAAAGAGUAUGUCGCCAGAAUGUACUCAAGAACUGAUAGCAGACGUGUCAAAGAGUAUGUCCCAGAAUGCACUCAAGAACUGA